AUGAUAUCGACUCUUUUGGAGGUCCUUCGGAGGGGUCCGAAAGAUCCCGUAUAUUUGCCUCUGUUAAGUUCACCUUUACCAGCAGUAAUCAUUAUUCUAAUUUAUUUGCUGGUGGUUUUCAAAAUCGGACCAGACUUUAUGGAGUGCCGCAAGCCCUUUAAUGUCAAAAGUGCCAUGUUGAAAUAUAACAUUUUUCAGAUCACGAUGAAUGCGAUACUAUUUGCACUGGGUUGCUACUAUUUGGUUGUGAAAAAUUACUUUGACAUUCGGUGCAUGGAGAUAUCCCUGGAUGAUCCGAUUAAGUAUGUCGAUCGGGUGUUGACAUAUGUCUACUUCUUGAACAAAGUGCUAGACCUGUGCGAUACCGUGUUCUUUGUCCUGAGGAAGAGCUACAACCAGGUCACCGUGCUCCAUGUGUACCAUCAUGCCCUGAUGGUCAUAGCUGUUCCGACGACAUACUAUUUAUAUGGAAGCAGCGGGUCCUACGCCCUGAUGGGGUACAUCAACUCCUUGGUGCAUGUGGUCAUGUAUAGUUACUACUUUGCCGCUGCCCUGUACCCGAGUGUUAGGAAUAGGCUCUGGCUGAAGAAAUCCAUCACCACGAUGCAGAUUGUGCAGUUUGUGAUCUGUUUAUUGCAUGCAUCGCUCGUUUGGAGUCUGAACAAGAGUUGCUCCAUCCCCGGGAUAAUGCACUUCGCUGAGAUCGCCGUUGCCAUCUCCAUGAUCGCGAUGUUUGGAAACUUUUACUAUCAAACCUAUAUUAGAGUCAAGAGCAAAAAAACGAACUGA